UGUGGAAUGGAGCGGGGAAAUCUCGGGAAUUCCACCAUUCUCUAUGCCCAUAUAUCCGGAGAUGGCGGAGUAUAAGUCUCGUUUGGUAUCAUUUGGAAUUAUCUGGCCUGAUAUGUGUGGGCAGUCUCCAGCAGAAUUGUCCCAUGCUGGCUUUUUCUCUUGUGGAGUUGGAGACCAUAUACGAUGCUUUUAUUGUGGUGGUGGACUUGUUAACUUCAUACCUUCGGACGACCCCUGGACGCUCCACGCCCGUUAUUACCCCGACUGCAUCUACUUAAACUUGAAGAAGGAUCGAGCUUUCAUUAAAAAUGCGGUCCCUUUCUCCCCUCCUCGACUGACAAAACCCAUUGACGAAACACUGAUUAACGCGCUCCUGCAUGGACUUGAUUAUUUCAAUGGACUCGCUGCUACAGUGAGAUUUCCAUACAUCGCCCUGCGAGCUGCGCUAAGAGAAUACCUCAAGAUUAAAAAUGAUAUAUUACCUCUCCUUGGCGAAUCUAACUGUGAAGAGGUGUUGUUAUGGUUUUUAGAUCGAGUGGAUGAAAGUGAGGACACAGAUGCGGUAACUGAAUCUCCCUUAGAAGUAUUAUCGUCCCAAGGUGUUAUUUUCCCCCGCCCAGUUCCCCCAGUAGUGGAGGUAGAUGAACGUGUGGAUGUUGUUGUUGCGGAAGAGAAUGCAAUGCCUGGUGUAGCUAGGUUUUAUUGCAAGCGGGGUGAGUAUCCAGAUCACUUGACUAUGAGUGAAGGUCUUGAUGAUGCGGUGUUUGCCGCUAUUUCUCUCUCAGAGGAUAACCCCGCUACUCAGACCGAAAAUGAUUUGAAUGUAGAAGCCUUACUGGAUGAGCGUAUAAUGCUUACAGAUAGCCAACAACGGGGAUUGCUUACAGAUAUUGAUAUGAAUAUUUUCCUCAACCCCCAACUUAGUUCACUCCAAGGAACGUCUACAAACCUUGACCCUAAACCCAGUUCACACCCCUCCUCCUCCACAACCCACAACUCUAAACUAAGUUCACACAAAGCCACAUCUCGGGCUAGAGGUCGUGAUGAGUGUAACACCAUGACUCAGACGGUGAUAAUGAUGACGAAAACUUUACCCCUCUGCGAAGGAUACGAGUUGGGGACGAUCUUAAUAGAUCCAGCUAUAUUGAUACCACCAGUGACAGUGAUACCGAGGUUGAGCAUGAAAUAA